UAUGUUUUUUAAAUAACAAAUAAAAUAAUAAAUAUUUUGUGAUUAAUAUUACAAACAAUAAUAAUAAAUAAUUAAAAAAAACAAUUGAAAACAUUUUAUUAAUUAAUUUUAUGACAGUGACAGACAAAAACACAACAAAAUGGACAAAACGGCGGCCGAUAAGCGGCUGACAAAACGUUUUGCAGAGGAAAAGAGUCGACAACUGAUUGGAAAACAAGACCUGAGUCUUAAGGGAUCCAUUGAUGAGCCAAUUGUUCCGUUGAUUACAACACUGAACGACUGUCGGGUCUACUAUACGACCAGUUCGUGUUCGGGACGGAUAACCGUUUUGGCCGACAGUACCGUACAAAAUGUUAAAUCUAGUGCCAAAUGGCUGUUCAUAUCACACGAUUUGGUCCAAUCGCAAGACAUAUUGGCGGCCAUCCAAAGCCCUGCCGAUUGUCCGCCAUUUGGUUCAUUCAAAGUCGAACCGUUUGUUUUGCACGUCUGUGCCGACGGUUUGCUGGCCGCCCGACAGCUGCUUGAAGUGGCCAUCGCUUGCGGUUUUCGUAACUCUGGUCUAACAGUUAGCAAAAAACAGCGCUUUAUUGUUGCCGUCCGUAACUGUCCGUCACUGGAAGUGCCCAUCAUUUGCGACAAUCGUUUGAUUGUCUCCGAAGACUAUAUCAAACACAUUACAGACAUCGCUAAUGAAAAGUUGAGACAAAACUUUGCGAAAAUCAAUAAAUUUUAUUCAUCUGUUAAGUCAUUGUGUGAUCAAUUAAAUAGUGAUUAUUAAUUGUGGUAUCGAUUAAUAUAUUUUAUUUUGUUUUAUAUAACAU